UAAUACGUCUCAUUUCAUGGCAAGUUAUAAUCGGAUUACAUAUACUAAAAUUUUGUUAUUGAUAUUACUGAAUGUUGCAUAAAUAAUUCACAUAUUCAUAGUAUUGGUAAACCUGUAAUCGAAUGUUUUCAUCAAGUAAAACAAAGAAACUGACAUAUAUAUGUGAUUGGUAAAAUAAUGGGGGAAGUACCCUCAGUCUAUAAUACUUCAUACCUUGUUAUAAUAUUUUAAAUUGCAUCUAUUUCAACAUUAAAUUAUGAAAAUGGUUAGAAGGUAUUGUUGGAAUAUUUUGUAAGAUUGAUAGGACAUAAAUCUGUUCAUGUACCAUAGACGAGUGCUGAAUGGUUCUGAUUCGUUACAUGGAAAUUGGCGGGAUAAAAUUAUAAGCGAUUUAAUUUUAUCUAUCGACAUCUAAUUGCUUUUUAUCUAAUUACUACUACUUUGUACCACUGUCUAACGAUGCCUUCGUUUAAUAUUAAUACAUUUCCAUUACGAAUUGAAUCGGAAUCGCGAAGAAAGUUGAAUCGAUUUCGCGGGUUUUUUUCCUACAUUUAAUCGGGGCUGAUCGUCAUUUCAAUUUUGAUAUUGCUACGGUUAUUGUAGUUCAUUGAUUUGAAGAUUUCAUUGUGAUCUGAGUAAAUUAUCUAUACCGAAGUAAUUGUAUAUUUAAACAUUAGUCAUAAUAUUCGGACAUUAGGGUCUACGAAAAAUAUGGCAGCCGGUAUUGGAAUCUCGCACGACACCUUCAUACUAUUAAUGAAUAACAAUUUUAAUAUUACUUCGACAUAACGAUUAUGUUCCAAUUUUUAUUCAUAUAUUCUGAUAAAUCUGUAUCGAAUACACGAUUGCUCUGCACAAUGGUUUUCUCUUUAAUCACAACGAAGAAACCAUCAAUUUUAAAGAAUAUUCGACAUUGGUGCCAACAUUGAGAUAUAUAAAUUGUAACGGAAUGUGUUGCAGAGAGAAAUACAAUUCUACAGAUUUAAUAAACGAUCACAAGAAUUGUUCAUUCGUAACAGACGUAUCAGAUUCCUGUUUUCUAGAAUUUAACGAGUAUUUUAUAAUAGUUUCAUGGUGACGGCAUGUGCGUCGAACCGUUUAACAAAAUAUGCCAUUGGGGUCCGCUUACUGCUCUUGGAAUUAUAAAACUAAUCACUUUGAUGACAAUACAUUGUAGUAGACAAUGGUGGCCGCCACAAGAGAGUUUGUUUGGAGCAAUUAAUUUUAUGCUUUUCUUUUGUCUCAGUGGUUCUACUCUCUUCCAUUUCAUCAGCUCAAUUUAUGAAGGGCCAGGAUUCCUUCCAUUAAAAUGGAUGCCGGAAACGGCAACAGAUACACAAUUUUUACAAUAUUGUUCUGUGUGCAAGGGGUAUAAAGCACCAAGAUCUCAUCAUUGUCGAAAGUGUGGUCGUUGCGUGAUGAAGAUGGACCAUCAUUGUCCAUGGAUAAAUAAUUGUGUCGGGCAUUUGAAUCAUGGACAUUUUACAGCAUUCCUGGCAAGUGCAGUUGGUGGAUGCUGCGUUUCCACUUUUACUUUAGUUUCUUGGAUCAUGACCGUGUUAUCAUUAAGACCAUUAUCAUUUCCACCACCUUCUAUAUUUGUUCUAAUAUUAGUAAUCUUCAGCAUUGGUUUAUCAAUUGGCGUUGUUCUUGCAGUUGGGACAUUAUUUUAUUUCCAGCUGCUAGCCGUAAUUAAAAAUCGAACAGAAAUUGAAGCUUGGAUUUCAGAAAAAGCCCACUAUCGAAGAUUUGGUACUAAGGACAAAUUCAUUUAUCCAUAUUCAAAGGGGUGGCGUACAAAUAUACAGCAGGUUUUUACAUGGGAUUGCACUCCAAUGGGAGAUGGAAUUCAUUGGCCUGUAAUCGAAGGCUGUGAUCAAUAUACGUUAACUCGAGAACAGUUAGCUCAAAAGAAAGAUAAACGUAAGAGAGCUAAAACUUAUAGAGUCACGGAAGAAGUUUCUGGAUCAUGGUUGCCAUUUAGAUAUGGUUGGGGUGUACUUUGCCAUCCGCCUUGCACGGAUGAACCCCGUAUUAAACUCAAAACGGGAGACAUUGUAAUCGUAACACGGUGGAGGAAAUAUUGGUUGUUUGGGGAAAGGAAACAGGAUGACGAAAAUGAUAGGGAAAUACGAAAACGAGGUUGGUUCCCGCGGCCUUGCGCGAUCGAAGUGAUCGAAAACGAGGCUUACAUUUCCGCCAUAACGAAAUCAGAUUGAAACAUUCCUUCUCUCUAUGUAGAAUUUUAACAUAUUUAUAGAUAAGUCGUUGAACGAACGAUAAUAUUUUUGUCUAGUGUUUUUAUAUGUAAGUAUCAAUGAUGGGAUGAGUGUCUUCAUAUGUUUCAGUGGUCUAAUAUUAGAAGUUUUAUUUUAGAAGAAAAUUUGAACCAUUCGAGGUGUCAGUUGGUAUAUUUAUUGUACAAAAUAAGAAAAAAAUUAGCACAAAAUGAGCUCGUAUAAGUUUUUUUUUUAUUUUUUCUUUUUUAAUACAUAUACAGCCUAGUGUUCAGUGUAUAUACAUUAAUAGUGACCGUUGUAAAUAGAGAAUUUGAUAAUCGACUUAAUUUUU